AAAGCCAUACCCUGUGAGACUGUUGAACAAAUUGCGGACAUCCUGACCAAACCCUUACAGAACAAACAACACGCUUAUCUAACUUCGAAAUUAGGUGUACAUAUGCAACACACACACAUCUCCAACUGUUAGGCAUUUAGAGGGGGAUUUGUUACAUACAAAUGCCUAACACUGUGCACCCAUGGCAGGGCAAGGGUUAACACUAUCCAUCCCACCUAGUCUUUCCCUUGACCCCUCCUCACCUUGACUCCGCCUCCCAGGUAUAUCAGGUAUUGUCCAAGAGUCCAACGCCAUUCCAGAUGCUCACCUGUAAGAGAUAAGUAAGUUGUAAAGAUCUAAAGAUUUGUGGGGCAAUUAGGCAUCGUGGGAAUCAACUUGUCGCCUCCCAACUUGGACGAUGAAGAAAUCCCCGUUUGUCCUGGAGACGGAUGAUGGCCUUGGAGAGGAUCUGAACGCAGCCGCGAAGGGGGCAGCUGGGACGGAACAUGGACCGCCACCCUUCGAGACCCCUUUCCAGAAGGAAGCCCCUCCCUCCCCCGGAUUCGGGUGAAUCUGAAUUACCGGCCGGGACUCGUCAAACCGGAUGAUCCAAAUCGCUUCGACAGGGAACGUAUUUUUCAAGCCGUGGUUGCGGGAGAUCCUGAACUGCUUAACGGCCUAACUUAUUAUCUGCGGAAAACAUCCAGCUUUCUCACCGACACUAAAUAUAGAGAUGGGAAGACAGGCAAGACCUGUUUGAUGAAGGCCUUGCUCCAUUUGAAAGACGGGAAGAACCCCACCAUCCCUGAGCUUUUGAAGAUAGACAAGGAGACCCAGAACCCCAAGUCUUUGGUCAACGCCGCUUGCACUGGCAGCUACUACAAAGGCCACACAGCCCUCCACAUCGCCAUCGAGAAGAGGAAUUUAGAUCUUGUGAAGAUCCUGGUGGAGAACGAGGCUGAUGUCCACGUCAAGGCUUCUGGAUGUUUCUUCCAGCCGCACCGCAAAGGGGCCUACUUUUAUUUUGGUGAACUUCCUCUGUCCUUGGCUGCUUGUACCAACCAGCCAGAGGUGGUCAUGUACCUCCUGGAUAACCCUUACCAGAAGGCCAGGCUGACCGAACAGGAUUCCAUGGGCAACACCGUCCUCCAUGCGCUGGUGAUGGUGGCCAACGACAUGGAGAAGAACACCGAGCUCGUGGUCAACAUGUACGAAAUGAUCUUGACGAAAGGGGCCGAGAUUGACCGUUCCUGCAAAUUGGAAGAGAUUGUCAACCUGAAAGAGCUGACUCCUUUGAAGCUGGCUGCCAAGACUGGGAAAGUUGAGGUAAUCUCUCUCCUCACCAGAAUUCGCCGUCCUCAAUUUACAACCAUUUGCUUAGGAACCAUUUGAAGUACCAAUAACAGAGAAUAUGCUUGCCUAUGUCUAGAACCAAUAAACUCCAGAGAACCUA